AUGGGUGGGCUAGCAGGGUGCAACGACUUGAUCAGGUCGAUAAGGGAUUAUACCAGGAAAGCCGAAACAAAGAAAUCCUGGCCAUCGAGGACUGGUUCAGAAAGCACGACGAUAACUUUCGACGAUAGCGAUCUGGAAGGCUUAGAUUUCCCACAUAACGACCCGUUGGUCGUCGAACUUUUGUUCAGAGAAAGCGAAGUUACGAGAAUUCUGAUCGACAUCGGAAGCUCGGUAAAUGUGAUCUUCGGAAACGUCCUGGCACAGAUGGAGGUCAGCGAGAGCGACAUUAGGCUAGAAUGCCAUUCUCUAACCGGUUUUGACGGAUAUCAUCUCAUGUCAGUCGGCACCAUCGAUCAGCCGAUCUUUGUCGGAGGAAUGGCGAGGUAUUCUCAAUUCGUCGUCAUCGACAAGCCUACUAUUUAUAUCGUUAUCCUUGGAACACCAUGGCUCCACAAGAUGAGGGCAGUCCCGUCCACGUACCACCAAUGCGUCAAAUUCCUAACCCCAAAAGGUGUGUUUCCAUUGCACGGCAACCAGCAGAGAGCGAGGACCUGCUUCCUGAUCGAACACAAGAUUCGCGCAGCGAAGAAGUUAUAG